UUUAAACAUUUCGAAAGACAGACGCGUGUUAGGUAUAUUUUUAGUAAACAGUUGUCGUAAUAAAUCAUCGAAAGAAAAUUAAAUUGAAACAGUGAUUUCGGAAAAAUAAAAUAAAAAUACUAUUAAUAUUUAAAUUAAGUGUAAAAUUGCCAACAACAUUUAUUUGUUAUUCGUAAAUCAAUAUUAGGUAUAUUCCGAAUACUAAAUAAUAGUUUUUAUGUGUUAAUUUACAAAAUAAUAAAUUCGAAUCAAUAAAAUAAAAUAACCAAAGUGUCAUAAAUAACGGAACAGGUCCCAAUAAAUAAUAACUAAAAUCACAUUAUUUAUUAAAUUCAAUAACAGGUCCAAGAAUAAUAAAUUAUUAAAAUAAUAGUAUUUUUAUUAAAAUGUCAAGUUUAAGUUUCGAACGAAUUGGAAUUAGUUCGAUAUUUGAAAAAGUGUUGAAGAUAGUGAGGUGACUAUGACGUGGACUAAGGAGUUGGACGAGGCCGCAGUACUGGCCACUAGGACUGGAAAUUGGCAUGUGGUGCUCUUCUACUUACUCUGUGGACUGGCGGCUAUACCUACUUCCUUCCUCGUAUUUUCUCAGGUCUUCACAAAUGCAACACCAGAACAUUGGUGUGCCCCACCACCAGAACUGGACCAUCUUGGAUUACCAGAUCAGCUACUUCGUUCCCUAACAGUACCAGGAGAGCAGGGAACGUACGAGUCAUGCGCAGCGUACGAUAUAGACCGCAAGGAGUUACGUGAAGCGCUAAGGGAUUUUGUUAUAGAAAGAACAGUGACUACUAAGGAAGGCAAUGCGUUCCACACACAGCAGAUUUAUCAGAUGGUGGCUGUGAGCGAUGAACGGCGGAAAGAAUUGAUAUCCAACGUCACAAGUGCGGUGCUCUCGGUUAGAAAAAACACUACAUCACCAUGUGCCAAUGGUUGGCGGUUCAGCACAGAACAAUACCAGGAUACCCUCGUCACAGACUUUUCCCUCGUCUGCGACUUGGACUGGCUUCCCAGAAUAUGCAAUACACUCUUCUGGGUCGGAUCUAUUUUUGGGAAUCUCUUCUUUGGAUGGAUGUCGGAUAGAUAUGGCCGUCGUCCCACAAUUCUUCUGAUGGUGUUCCUAGAAGUUCCUCUGGCGAUAGCGUCGUCAUUUGCCACCUCUUUCUGGACUUACGUAGGCUUGAGAGUCGCCGGUGGCCUGUUCUUCCCAGCUCUGUACCAGCUGCCGUUCAUAUUGGCACUAGAGUUAAUGCCUCCUGGACAGAGGAAUCAUACUGGUAUCGUGGUGGGCAUGCUGUUUGCCAGCGGCAUGUGUCUGCUGUCCCUCUUGGCAUACGCUGUGCAGGACUGGUACCACCUGUCCUUAGUUACUACCUUACCUUUUAUACUCCUUUACGGAUAUUAUUGGCUAAUACCAGAAUCUCCAAGAUGGCUAGUAGGCAGAGGUCGAAUAGGCGAAGCUGAGAAAGUCCUCAGGAAUCUCGCCAGGAAAAACGGCAUUAUUUUAGAAAGAGGAUUUUUGUUAGAAUUACACAAAAAAAUAAAAGAGGAAGAAGAUGAAAUGCAAGAAGAACUAGCUAUGAUAUCCAACAUGAACGGACAUAUCGCUGGAUACACAGAAGCACCAGGGAAAGACGAAGCUUUAGACAGGAGAAUAAGUAAUAUGCUGACAUUCAAACCAGACCUAACAAGAAUAUCCGAAACAGAAGAAGCCAACAAAAACAAUUUAGAAAAGAUAAUAGCAUUAGAAGUAGCAGAAAUCGUGAAUAAAAAAUCGAGAUUAAAGAGAGAAGAGAAAGAAGAAGAUAAAGAAGCAAACGUUAGUGAAACUACAAAUUUGAAUGCAGAACAUCAGCAGAAAGCUACACAGACUGAAUUUUCCAAAUCGCCAGCGAGUACUUUAAGAAGAAAGUCUUUGCAGUUAGUAAGUAAAAUAUUUAUACAAGAAGACGUUGAAGAUGUAAUAGAAAACAAAAGGAUGGAUGAUCAGAACUCGGAAGGAGACUGUAAAGCAUCUCCAUUGGACGUGUUUCGAUACCCAAAUAUUCGAAAGAAAUUCUUCAUCCUGACAUUUGAUUGGGUCGCGCUCGGAGUUGUGUAUAACAGUUUGAGUUACAAUACUCCUAAUUUGGGGGUUAAUGACUAUUUGGCGUUUUUCAUAGGUGGUGCUGUAGAAAUUCCAUCAUACUUCAUAGCGUGGCGCUGCAUGGAGAGGUUCGGCCGUCGCUGGGUGCUCUGCAGCUUCAUGUGUAUUGGAGGAGUCGCCUGCAUCAGCUGUGUGCUUGUGCCUGAAUCGUGGCCUUGGAUAACAGUGUCUCUAUCGAUGUUGGGACGAUUAUUUGCUGCGUCAUCAUUUGCUGUAUUCUACGUUUUGAUUGGAGAGUUACUACCGACGGUGUUGAGAGCUCAAGCUAUGGGAGCGGCGUCAUUUAUAUCAGGAUUGGGGUUGCUAGCCUGUCCCUAUAUUGUGCACUUGGCCGUGUACUCCAGAGCCUUGCCAUUAACAAUAAUGGGUGUCCUGAGCGUGAUGGGAGGUAUCACGUCCCUCUUCCUGCCAGAGACCUUAAACCAGCCGCUUCCACAGACCUUGGGGGACGGAGAGACCUUCGGAAGAAAUUUCAAAAUAUUCAGCUGUGUGGAAAGACCUAGUGAAAAAUAAAGUGUCCAAGAAUUUGGAACUGUUGGUGC